GCUCCCACUCCCCUUGUUCCUCUCCAUCGUGAAUAUACCCACCGAGCGAGUCAUCGGCCCCUCUUUCUCUUUCCCCUCCCAUCAUUAACAUUCACAUACCACCUGAGUAUCCUCCUCCCUGAGCAUCCCCAUCCGGUGGGAUCUUGUUCCGGCAGCCACUGGUUCAAACAGGGAAAAUCUAAUACGGGGCUGCCACAGUCUAGAGUAGCUCCGCCCCAUCAGAUCCUUUUGGUAUUCUUCCAGUGCUCCAAUAUCGGGUAACCGUUUAAGUUAUCCGUGUUCUGAAGUUUUUGUCUAAUUUCUAGAGCUCCUUGCAGGUUAAGUUUUUGAGAUUUCAGAUGGGUAGAGAAAGAAUAGUGCUGAAGAAAAUAGAGUAAGCGGCGGCCAGGCAGGUCACUUGCUACAAGCUGAGGAGGGGUCUGCUGAAAAAUGCGCAGGAGCUUUCCAUAUGUGCGACGCGGAUGUAGGGCUCAUCAUUUUUUCUCCAACGGGGAAGCUCUUCGCGUACUCCAAUUCCGGGUUACUACAAGAAUGUGAUUUUUAUCACUAUAUCCCAGUCUCCAGACUUGAAAGUAAUAUUGGAAACUAUGUGGGUGAAGAUUCUAAAAAGAAAUAAAGUCAAGUUCCAAAACAUUGAAGAUGGACACAUGCAACUACAACAACAACUUCUAAUGCAAUCAGAACCAACCUUGAUAAUAUUAGAUGAUGUUUGGUCGAAAGAAGAUUUAGAUAAGCUACUCUUUGAAGGAACAAGAUAUAAGACACUUAUAACAUCAAGAGAUAGUUCCAUUAUCCCCAAAACAUUCUCGACUGAAGUGUAUCAAUUACCAUUGUUGGAUGAACAAGAUGCUCUAUCCCUUUUAUGCUUUUGGGCUUUUGGACAAACAUCAAUUCCAAGUACAAUCGAUGCAAAUCUAGUCAAGGAGGUGCAAGAAGAAUGUGGUGGUUUGCCACUUGCUCUAAAGGUGAUUGGGAGUUCCUUGAAAGGAAAAACUCAUGUAGCUUGGGAGAGGGCGAAUAGUAAGAUUUCCAAUGGAGAAAUAAUAUCACAAUAUUAUGAAGAAGGGAUCCUUAGAUGUUUGGAAUCUAGCAUUGAUUCCUUAGAUGAUGUGGUCAAAGAUUGUUUCUUAGACUUGGGAUUAUUUCCUAAGGGUAGAAAAAUAUGUGUUGAUGCACUACUACAAAUUUGGGUUAAUAUUAGGAAGAUAAAGUGGCAAGAUGCUGUUGACAUCUUAUUUGAACUUGCAGGAAGAAAUCUUAUAAACUUAAGUAGCAAUCAAAGGAUCAAAAGGACUCUCCCUUAUGGAAAUGCAUUAGAGCUGAAUUUUUUUCAACAUGAUGUAAUGCGAGAUUUAUCCUUGUAUCUGGGAUGCAAAGAUAACAUAGAGCAUAGGAAGAGAUUACUUAUGCCUAGGAGGGAGCAUGGUAUUCCAGAGAAAUGGAAAUUAUAUAGUAACAUAGCAUUUAAUGCUCAAGUCGUGUCAAUUCACACAGGUAGGUUAUUCAAAAAAAAUUCCAAGGCACAAAAUAUCACACUGAUAUUUUUUACAUUAGUCAUUCAAGUAUCUUACUUUUAA